AUGAGAAACCUAUUUUCUUUCAUCAACAAGCGCAUGGGAAAUAAAAAGCACACUUCGCUCCUUCGUGACUUUGAUGGGAAUGCCUUAUUCUCAGCACAGGCAAAAGCCAAUGUUUUAGGAGAUUAUUUCGCGAGUGUUUAUACGGUUUCCAAGAACUCUGUUGGUGCACUCGCUUCUGGUUCGCGUGUUGAAAAAGAUUGCCCCUUGCCGGUUAUUACUUUUGAUGUUGUAUACAAAUGUUUGCGCGGCCUCAAAAGGUCUUCGGCUCUCCCUUCGGACGGUAUUCCCCCGAUCUUCUUCAAAAUGUUUGCCUCUAACCUAGCAUCCCCCCUCUGCCACAUAUUUGAUAUUUCUCUAAUCGUUGGCCAGGUACCUCUGCUUCGGGAGGAAUCGAUUGUCACAGCGGUUCCAAAAUCCAGUGCUUCUCUGCCUAGUGAAUUUCGACCCAUAAGCAUUACCCCAACGCCUUGUACACUGGAGCUGGUCGGUAUUAGAGGAAAUCUUUCAAAUUGGCUGAAGUCCUAUCUUCCCGACCGUUGCCUCUGUGUCAAAUUUGAGGACGCUUUUUCGCGUAAAUAUCCGAUUACAUCCGGAGUGCCACAAGGUGGGGUCCUCUUUCCUCUCUUGUUUAUCAUCUAUACAUUGCAGCUCCCUUGUGCUCUCCUGGUGGAUCCAAGCGUUAAAGUGUUCACUUUUGCAGGCGAUGUUAAGGUCACUUUCAGAUCGGAUAAGGGCAACCUUGUUGAGGCAGAGCGGAUUUUAGACCGAGUGAUUGAUUCCAUGUCAACAUGGACUGAUAAUAUGAAUCUGAAGCUUAAUUUCGGUAAAACUUGCUGUCAUUUGGUAAUAGGUCAGGUGCUCCCUCCAUAG